AUGAUCUCUGCUCAUCCCAUAGUUGAUUCUGACAAAUGGAUUGAAAACGUGCUUUCUCAUGGUGAAGAACAGCAUGUCAAAAGCCAAGAAUGUGAUCGACACCGACUUCUCACUGAGGACAAUCCACCCCACACUCUUCCAUGGCCGAGAUCCAAGUUUGCCUGCAUGAAACGCAGCUUUGAAGAUGUCCAUAUAGUGAUUCUGCCCGGCCUAACAAAAGAGGGCAACCGUGUAAUACUGAUGCGCAUCAAUAACCCGGACCCGGAUGACUAUGACCUUGAAGCACACAUGAAGAGAUCACUCAUGCUGAUGGAGAUCUACCUUCGCGACGGAGUCGACUUCACUGGUCUUCAAGUCGUCCAUGAUUUCAAGAACUUCAAACUGGGUCACCUGACACAUUUUAACCUGCAGCUGUUGAAGAUGAUGUCCACUGGAAUGGUACAGUAG